GCCUAAUAUCUGACAUCUCUGAGGGCACUUGAACGCAGCAUUGCCGGUGCUACUGCUGCCUUUAAGUGAGCUGCAGGACAGUGGAGGUUCAGACCAGUGCUGUGGACGGCUGCCUGUGCUCUCUUACUGGGAUUUAUUCCACAAAAACCAGUUCAUCCAGAUGACCGGGACUCAAGAGGAGCCGAUUACUUACGCAAAAAUGAGGGGACUCGUGUCAUUUCUCUCAGCUCUGCUCAAGGGGAAGAAAACUGGCUUCAGCGACUUCUUACACAAACUCGUCUCCAGUCAGCAGCUCUGCCAGCACCUCAACACUCAGAAAAUCCUGCGGCGCCAAAGCAAGCUGAGGAAAAAGAAGGAGGAGAAAGCGUCUCUGAGCUCAGCGAACACAGAGACAUCACAGAUGAAACCAUCAGACUUUGACUACCUCAAAGUUAUCGGCACAGGAAGCUUUGGAAAGGUGCUGCUGGCAAAACACAGGAAACAAGGAGGUUACUACGCCGUGAAAGUGCUGAAGAAAAAGAUGAUCGUCAAGAGGAAAGAGCAGAAGCAUGUGAUGGUGGAGAGAAGCGUCCUACUAAAAGGUCUUCAGCAUCCAUUCCUGGUUGGACUCCACUUCUCUUUCCAGACACAGAACACGCUUUACUUCGUCCUGGACUACGUCAACGGAGGCGAGCUCUUCUACCACCUGCAGAGGGAAAUUUGGUUUCCAGAAGCUCGAGCUGCUUUCUACGCUGCAGAGAUGGCUGCAGCUCUGGGUUACCUCCACGCUCUGAACAUCGUCUACAGAGACCUGAAGCCGGAGAACAUCCUGCUGGACCACGAAGGCCACGUGAUGCUGACUGACUUCGGUCUGUGUAAGGAAGGAGUGGCGGUCGGUGGGAUCAUGCACACCUUCUGUGGGACUCCAGAGUAUCUGGCUCCUGAGGUUCUGCAGGGCCAACCGUACAGCCCGACGGUGGACUGGUGGAGCCUCGGCAUGGUGCUGUACGAGAUGAUCUGCGGAAUACCUCCGUUUUACAGCCGAAGCAAAGCGGAGAUGUUUGAGAACAUCCUCCAUGCUCCUCUGCAGCUCCACAGCAGGAUUUCCGGAGCUGCCGGCGCUCUGUUGGAGGGAUUGUUGGAGAGAGACGUCUCCAAACGCUUAGGGCAGAGUCGUGACGUCGCGGAGCUGCAGGAACAUCCUUUCUUUGCCUCCACCAACUGGGACGACCUCCUGGCAAAGAAAGUUAAACCUCCGUUCAUCCCGAAACUGUCUGGUCCUUGUGAUGUGAGCUACAUCGACCCAGAGUUCACGAUACUACCAGUACCAGCCUCCGUGGACGAGCGGUACCAGGCGGUCGGAGCCAGCGAGGCCUUCCCUGGAUUCUCCUUCAUGAACCCGGCGGAGUUCGUAGCCAGAGAUCCAGUUUCAUAACAGCUGGGAGUGUGUUUCUUCAAAUAUUUAUUUUAUAUGUCAUAAAUUAUUUAAUGGAAAUCUAUUUUUAAGCACUUGAGCAAAAGAUUCUUGCUCUGCUGCAUGAUUCAUCGCUUGUUAAACGAUAUUUUUAGCUUGUUUUUAGCAUCGCGAGUUUAUAAUAUGGAAUAGGCUGGUCACUAUUUCAUGAAUCCUCACUGUUUUAAUAGAACAAUAAAACUUAAAUCUGGA